GCCAAUCCAUGCGAUGUAGUUUGACGGAUGACACCCAAGGGCCCCGCAGCGAACCAGUCUUUCCGGGGUUCGAGCAGAAAGUCUGGCGUGGCUGAAAGGACGCAGAUGAUACAUUAGCAGGCUUUGUUUUACAUGCACCAUUUGAUGAUCGGGAGUGAAGCGAUCUGCCCCGGUAGAAAGCGAAUACGCCCUUUUGCACAGCAAAACACGGACGGAGUACUGCCUCUACUACUGCGGCUCAGCUAGCGUGCAAGAGUUAGCCACGGACCAAGACGGGUAUGUCGGAAGUUAGUCUUGAGGCCGUAUCGGGGAAGACUUCUGCUGAGGAGCCUCAGAUGGAUUGUGAGGAAAAUGACAGAGCAGAGCAGAGCAUGAGUGAAGAAAAUGCCGCCAGAGUUGAUGAUAGUGCAGAGGUCAGGUCCAGUGAACUUUAUGAAGUGGAUAUAGAUAGUGGAGAAGAGACUGAAGACAGAAAAAAAUUGGAAAAUGAGCGCGAAGAAGAGAGGAAUCAGAAUGAGAGUGGAGAAUUAGGAGCAGGCAGUACUGACAGUGUAAACAAAGAUGGCAGAGAAACACAAGGAUCGCCAGAAGAGGGUGGAGAUUCAAAGGAGGAAACCAAGGAGAGCACCAUGGCUGAGGAAGCACACAGGAGCUCAGCCGCAGAGAUCCCAGUCACUACCAACGGAGAACUGGACCAGAGCCCAGACCAGGUCUUCCAGAGGGACUCAUAUGCUGGCAGCCCUGGUGCUCUGAACCUGUCUGAGUCAAACAGCUUCUCUUCAACAGCAGAGGGCACCGUUGUGAAAGAAGGGUCAGCCAGCCUACCCUGUUCUCCGGUGACGCCUGUAGCUCCCAGCUCGGCGGCCGCAAGCCGCCUGGCUCGCUCCUCCAGCUGUAGUCAGGCUGAGACAGGUCAAAUGAAAGGACAGCCUCAGAGUGGAGCACUGGUGCUUUCAGACGACCUCAAGAACCCAGCUCUGGAAAAACUGGAACUGGUCCGAAAAUGGAGCAUCAACACUUAUAAAUGCACCAGGCAAAUCCUGUCGGAGAAGCUGGGCAAAGGUUCCAAAACUGUGGACCUGGAGCUGGAGGCGCAGAUAGAGGUUCUUCGGGAUAACAAGAGGAAGUACCAGCAGGUGAUCCGCCUGGCACAGACCCUGGCCGCUCAGCUCACCCAGAUCAUGCAAACACAGAAGCAGCUGGGGGACGCCUUCGCAGACCUCAGCCUCAAGUCGCCUGAACUCCACGAGGAGUUUGGUUACAAUGCUGAGACCCAAAAGCUUUUAUCCAAAAAUGGAGAGACACUGCUGGCAGCCAUCAACUUCUUCAUUUCCAGCGUGAACACACUAGUGGAUAAGACCAUAGAAGACACCAUGAUCAACAUCAAACAAUAUGAGAUUGCCAGGGUGGAAUAUGAUGCGUAUCGCACUGACCUGGAGGAGUUGAACCUGGGGCCCCGUGAUGCCACCACCAUGCCCAAGAUCGAGAUGUCCCAGCAGCAGUUCCAAAUCCACCGGGAAAAGUAUGAAAAGAUGAGGAACGAUGUUUCCAUCAAGCUCAGGUUUCUUGAGGAAAACAAGGUGAAAGUAUUGCACAAUCAGCUCAUCCUGUUUCACAACGCCAUCGCUGCGUACUACGCUGGGAACCAACAGCAGCUGGAACAGACACUAAAGCAGUUCCACAUCAAAUUAAAAAUGCCAGGAGGAGACAGCCCUUCGUGGCUAGAGGAGAGCCACUAAACCCUCAGUUUUGUUCCACAGGCUCAAAGUGGGGUUCAUAGUCAACACAAACUACAGGAACUGCCACUUCUUCUUUCAACUUGAUCUGCCUUUGAAACCUUUGAGAAUUGUGAAUGUUUUAAAGACAAAAACUCUCAUACAAUCCGUUAUAUUUACACAUCAAGAUCUUCAAAUCAUAGAAAUGCACUUUUUGUACAUUCUUUGUUUAAAAAAGAGAUGCUGCAAUUUGUAAACAAAAUUGGAAACUGUAAAUGGCAUUUUUAUUUUUCCAGCAUAUGAAUGUCAUUACCCAGCCUAACUGACAUGUUGGCUCUUUACAGGCAGCUACAGGGUUCAAAAAUGCUAUUAAAGAGGGGGUAUUUUUUUUAAGAUUUCUACCAUGUUUUCACGUGGUUCCCUCAUCAAAAACAAGCCUGAAGAGGGUUUGAAUGUCAACAAUGCAUGUUUGAGUAAUAUAGUGAUCCCUCCCAUGCCCUAUUCAGCGCCCACAGUGGGGAUGUAGUGGCAAAAACUAUUAUUGUGUCCUUUGGCAAGGCACUCACAUAGCCUGGUAUGAAUGUGGCGUCUGCGUGAGUGUUGGUGGUCUAAAAGGAGUGACUUGGCAUGCAGAGCAAAGGGAGACGUCUACAGCAUUUUCAAAACAAUAAAAUGUAACCUGGUGAUCUCAAUAUGUUAUGUGUUAGCAGUUAAUACCCCAAGAAGUAAAAUACCCCCUCUUUAAAACCAAUCAUACAAUCAAAUAUCAUCUGAUUCCAAAAACAGGGCUCUGAAGCUGAUAAAUGCAAAAUUAUUACAGAUUUUUAAAUAAUUUUUAAAUGUUUUGUGAAUAUAUAGGACAAUGACUGAAUGCUAAAAUUAUGCUGUUUGUCUUGUAUUCCAAAACAAAAUGAAGGACCAGCCUUAUGUGACUUAAUGUGCCUUUAUAUCUAGAAUUUCUUCCCCUCAAACAUAGCCUGGCCAGCCAUUCUAAUUCAUUUUGACUUCAUCCAGAUUAGAUUAUUCAGUUUUUUCCCCCUCAUGUUGUUGUGUCUCAUAAGAGUUUGAUUUCAAAUGACUAACUGGUUAAAACAAAAUUGUCUGAAAUGUUAAAAUUAAUAUUCAUUUUAAAAGCUUCCAUUUCAAAUAAGAAAUACUGUCAGCCACAAGGUGUCAGUAAGGAAAACAUGAUUGGUAUGGAGCUCAACAGUCAAGGCCUCUCCAGGUUCUGGAUGCAAAUUUCCUAUUCAUAUUCCUCAUAUUUGAAAAAUUCAAAUGUAGUAUUUGUUAUAUUUGAAAGCUUGCUGAGGGUUAACUAAACAACAAAUUUACAGAAUUUUCAGCAAAAUGCUUCAUAGUUUAUAAAGUUUCAAAAACCUAUUUAAAAUAAUUUGUGUUUGUUACCACAUAUCUGGGCAAGCAUUCAAACUUUUAAUAUUCUUUUUUGAAAGUCCACAGGACAAAUCAAUAGAAAAUGGUACUUCAUGAAGUUAUAAUAGUUAUAGACUAUAUAAUAGAAGUCUAUGGUUAUAGUGCAUUUAAAGGGCUCCAUUUAUUGACCCCAUUAUUACUAAAUUGCUGAUUAAAAGAAGUGGCUGGUUGGGCUAUAUUUCUGUUCUUUAUGGACUUGAAGAAAACACCCACUUAACCAGUUUACAGGACCAACUCUUCAGACAGACCAAACACACAUGUGCACAAAGUAAACAGCGUAACACUUCUGUACAAAACACUCCAUGGAUAUUUAUAAAAUAUAUUAAUCUUUACAAAGAUAUUUAUCGUGAUUGCACAGUUAAAUAUUUUUGCAUCAAGACAAAAUUUUAAAGAGUAUAAUGUGUGAACCAAAAUACUGUUUUUGUAUAUGAGGAGACCAGCGUUCUUAGCCUGAGCUGCUAACAUAGUUCUUACAUUAGGCUAAAGUAUAUUUUCAAAUACUGCAUGGUGGUAUUUUGUCAACACUUCUUAGCAGUUUGAGCGUGAAACUUGUGUAACAAUCUGAUGAAUACUCUACUCUGAAAUAGAUGGAUUUAUAUGAUAUAUAUAUAUAUAUAUUUGUAAAUUUGUCUGUACUUUCGAUAUGUAGACCAAUGCUGCCAUUUGGCCUUGUGUGUGUUUUCUGAAUACAAUGACAUGCUAGUUCUAACUGGUAUAUCUUUUGCCUUUGUAAUUAUGCGGAGUCAAAAAAAUAUUUGAAUGUUGUGUAUUUUGCUGGGGGAAAUAAAGGCUCCUUUUCUCUACCUUUA